AUGAGCAGGGCCAAGAGAAUUGCCAAGGAGCUUGAAGACGUGAGAAAGGACAGAUUGUCUGGGGUGACGUUAGAGAUGGCGGAAGACGGUGAUCUUUCACACCUCAAGGGCACGUUUGUAGGGCCCCCGGGCACCCCCUACGAGGGAGGUCUCUUUGAGGUGGACAUCAAGAUCCCGGAAGAGUACCCGUUCAAGCCGCCGAUCAUGAAGUUCGACACGAGGGUUUUCCAUCCGAAUAUCUCGUCGCAGACGGGGGCAAUCUGUUUGGAUAUCUUGAAGGACGCUUGGACACCAAUCUUGACGUUGAAGAGCUCACUGAUCUCGUUGCAGAGCCUGCUUCAGAGUCCGGAGCCCACCGAUCCACAGGAUGCGCAGGUGGCCAAGUUAUACUUGACCGAUCCAAAGAAGUUUUCAGAAACAGCCGCUAAUUGGACCAAGAUCUAUGCUCCCAACGACAACUACAAGCCAACCGGGAAAACAGACUACACCGAUUUCACGAAGCUUUACGGGAUCAACAAGAACACUGUCAGGAUUUUCGAGGACAUGGGCUUUCCUAAAGACAAGAUCAUAUUCGCCUUGAGGAAACUAAACUUGAAGUCCGUCAGAGUGGACGACGACGCUACGCAGCAGAAGGUUCUUGACGAAAUUCUCAGCUAG